AUGGCGCAGCUCUUCGGUCCUAUGCCGGAGAAUGCCGCGGCGCACCUGCGGAUCGACGACAUGGAGCCGAGGGUCUUCCAGGCCAUGCUAGAGUUCAUCUACACUGACUCGUGGCCUGAGUUAGUAGACGCAGACGAGGCGGUGGAGAUGACGCAGCACCUGCUCUUGGCAGCGGACAGGUAUGGCCUCGAAAGGCUAAAGUUGAUCUGCGAGGACAUGCUGUGUGACAGGAUUUACACGAGCACGGUGGCGACCACCCUGACGCUAGCCGAGCAGCAUGGCUGCCGGGUGCUCAAGGAGGCGUGCAUCUACUUCCUCCGGUGGGUUCCGGGCAACCUGGACGCGGUCAUGGCGAGCGACGGCUUUCAGCACCUCAAGGCAAGCUGCCCCUCUGGCCCUCUCUCGUUAAGAAUGGUGUUAAUGCUGCAACUUGAAAGAAGCUAA